AUGAGGUCACUUCUGGGAAUGUCACUGUUUGCCAAAGAGGUAUUCAGAGAUUGCUGAAAGGAUUUAAUGUUCAUAUUCUAAGAAUCCAGACUGACCCAUGGGUCAAAGGUGGCUGACAGAGUCUGAGACUCACCUAUAAGAAGGCCUUCAUUCUGCCCAGCUGUGAUUUUUCCACUUUUCAGGACACGGGAGGGUGGUUACAGCUCCCUCAGUGUUACGGCUGUAAAUCUUCGUGUCACCAAGUGAAUAUAUAUAUAUGCAAUGAGGUGGCACGCUCCUCAGAAGGCCAGCGGUUCCUACUCGUGCUCUUCUAACUCACGCAACAUGACGACAAAGCAAGAACUAGAAGCCAUGGAGAACCAGAUAUCCACCAUCCAAGUCAGCUCCCAUGGAGAGACGGUCAAAUCGGGACUUUCCCAUGGCGGGUUCAAAACGGAGGAGAAGGGUCGCAACUGGGGAUGGCUUCUGUCUGGAUUCAUCUCCUUGAACAUCCUUCUCCUGGGAAUCGCCAUAGUGAGCGGAAGCGUCUUCAACACGAUCCAGAUCACUUCUGCUCAUCUUCAGAUUUUCCUUAUUUUUCUUGUCAUUCUCACCACCAUAUGGAUGGUUUACUACAAAAUCCAUACUUCGAGGGUGUACCGUGCAGUGCUCUACAAAGAUAGCCACGCUGGACCAAUUUGGCUGAGAGGUGGACUGGUUCUGUUUGGCGUCUGCAGUGUAAUCAUGGAUAUUUUCAAGAUUAUUUAUUACGUGGGUCGCAUGCACUGCGAUUCGCCUGUGAAAAUAGCCUUCCCUGUUGUGCAAGCUCUCUUUGUCAUUGUACAGACAUACAUCCUCUGGGUUCAUGCAAAAGACUGUGUGCAGAUUCAGCAAAUAAUCACACGUUGUGGUCUGAUGUUGACAUUGUCUACAAACCUCAUGGUGUGGAUGACGGCAGUGACAGAGGAGUCGCUCCAUCAAACAGUGUUUCCAGCCGACCCUUCAUACAACGGUUCCUCAAAUGGCGGUUACAAAAUUGAUGUCACAUCACAAGACCGUGCCGGACCAAGCGACUGCAAGUGUAGCCAUAACUUGUGCGAUGUUUUUGAGAAGGCCUACUACUAUCUGUACCCCUUCAACAUCGAGUACAGCCUCUUCGCAUCAGCCAUGGCCUACGUCAUGUGGAAAAAUGUCGGCCGGCAGGUGGAUGAACACCAUAGCCACAGUCCACGCUUUAGCCUGUGGGACGUUCUGAUUGGUCCGGUUGCUGGCCUGAUCGUUCUGGUGGCGGGCCUGGCUACGUUUGUGGUGUACGAAGUGGACGUGUCCAAAGGGGACCAAAAAAAGAAGGAGAACGCUCUGAUAAUGCAUUACAUCAUGAACAUAGUCGCCAUCCUUCUGAUGUCCAUCACAACUCUGAUCGGUUGCAUAAUCUUCCGGAUGGAUAAGAGAGAGCAGGUGUCUGGGAAGAACCCUACCAGGAGUCUGGAUGUGGGACUGCUUGUGGGAGCGUCUCUGGGCCAGUUCUUCAUCUGUUACUUCACCAUAGUAGCUGUUCUGGCAUCAGGGGUACAGGGGCACAUAAAUGGGCUCAACCUGGCCAAUUCUAUUCUGACUGUGAUCCAGUUGUGCCUACAGAACGCCUUCCUCAUCAAGGGCCUCCAUCGGGAGCCGUUCAAAGAGACUGAGACAUCCACCGUCUUCGCCAACGUCAUGGCCGUACGAGAGAGAGACCCGGACAGACGGAGCAGCUCUAUCGUCCCAGCUCACACGCUACCCAUCCCACUGACAUUCCUCCGGGGUCGACUCUCCUGGAAGAGGAGGAUCCUUAAGGAGAUCUGUGGCUUCCUGUUAUUCUGCAAUGUCAUUCUUUGGAUUAUGCCUGCCUUUGGAGCCCGGCCUCAGUUUGACAACACCGUCGGAUCAGACAUUUAUGUAUUCGAAACGUGGGCAGCAAUUGUGAAUAUUGGAAUGCCAUUUGGGAUCUUCUAUCGGAUGCACUCAGUGGCUAGUCUGUUUGAGGUGUGCCUCACCUCAUAAAUCAGCUGACCGCUCAGGAACUGUUCAAGCCUAUGCACAAAUCUUUGUAAAAUAGAUCUAUUUUUUAUAUUAUAUUUUUUGUCUAGCUGAAGAGAAAUAGUUUUAUUUUAUACUACAUUUUUAUUGUAUAAUGCAACAAUGUGUAUAUGUGAGUGUGUGUGGAGAUCUAGACCGUCCGUUAGAAUAUGUGAAUGAUGUCACAAUAUCAUCUGAAAUAUGGCCUAAUCCUGUUACAGGCAUUUGACUGUUAGCAACGCAGUGAAUCCCUCUGGAAGUGUUACCAGAGAUCUGUCCUUU